AUGCUUAUGGCAAGCGCGGCUGCUAACAUAGGAUUGUGCGCAACAAUAAACCCAGGAAUUGCUGCAUUCGAGAUAGCAUACGUGCAGUGGAUAGAAGAAGAAGACCGGAAAAUAUUGAAUCUCCGAAAUGCCCUUCAGUCCCCUAUGAGUGAUGCUGAGCUACGCAUGACAGUCAAUAACGUGUUGGACCACUACCGCAAUUUGUUCUGCAUGAAAAAAGAUGCCGCAAGAGCCGAUGCUUUCUACUUAGUGUCCGGCAUGUGGAGGACCUCGGUCGAGCGCUUUUUCCUCUGGAUUGGCGGGUUUCGGCCAUCUGAACUCAUAAGCGUGGUGAUGCCCCAGCUGGAGCCGCUGACCGAGCAGCAAAUGGCGAGUGUACGUGGAUUGAGGCACUUGUGCACUCAGGCAGAGGAUGCCCUGUCUCAGGGUUUGGAAAAGUUGCAGCACACACUGGCUCAAGCCAUAGCCUCGUCGGGUGCUGUGGGUUACAGCUGUCAUCCCGCUCUCGAUCGGCUCAACUCUCUAGAAGGCUUUGUAAAUCAGGCGGAUCACCUGAGGGAGCAGACUUUGCAGCAGAUGGCACGAAUACUGACGACCCGACAGGCGGCUAAGGGUUUGCUUGCAUUCGGGCAAUAUUUUCAGAGGCUAAGAGCUUUAGGUUCGUUGUGGGCGGCUCGUCCUCCUCAACAGCCUGCAUAA